AUGAAUCCAGUCAGCCCGCUAGCUGCACAUGUGUGCUCGUCUCGCCUCGAAGCUCUACCCGUGGAGAUCAUCCAAGCGAUCUUCCUCCACAGCCUAGAGAUCAACCUCCCGCGAGCCUCGCCAUAUAUCGCCCGUGCGCUCUCCAAACCCAUUCUGUACACCUGGCUCAUCCGCCUGGCUUUCAGCAGCGCCAAUGCCAGUUCACAACAGGGCUUCUUCACACCCGAUUUUUUACCCCCACCGCUGGAUUUCUGGAACGUGACCUGGCAAUGUCGACAGCGGUUACAAACCCAAAUUCUCGAGUGUCGGUGGUGCACUUGGCCCCUGAUGCGGCGCUGUCAGCGCGAAUAUGUUGAACAUGUUCUCCGGCGCAAGUGUGCGGAUCUGGUCUUUACUGAUGAAGCCCAGCUCGUACUGGGAUCCCUGGAUGCGAGCUUCAACGAUCUGGAGGGUGCGGAUUGGGCCCCAAGAGGAUACCGCGGUAAAGGGGACCUCAUUCUCCCGGCUUAUCUGCCGAAUGAAGACGCAGCUACUCCACCGACCGUGAACCGUAAAGUGGCUAUCUGGCUCCAUCUCGGAGCCGUGCAGAUCAGAUUUCUCAACGACGUCUUCUACGAGGACGACCUCUUCCAACUCCCCUGUGGAUCCGCUCUCGGCGCCGGCCAAAUCCCCGAUAAAUUGCUCCAGGAGCCGUGGUCCGAGGAACAGUUUCAAUUUCUUCAAUUGCUGUCCUCCGAUUUCUACGUCGACGAGGAUGGUGCCAAUGCCGAACGAUCCUCUCAGAUCACGACGCGGUUGAUUCGCAAACGCCGGCUGGAUCCCUUCCACCGAUUACUCCGCAUGUACUUUCGCACGGGCAAUUGUCGGGUCCCGUCGCGAUGGCCUCUGCAGGCGUCGCACUUUGCGUUGAUUCAACGAUGCAUGGAAGGGCCGGAGGAUCCAUUUGCACAGGUGGUGUGGAAUGUGCGCUGGGAUGAUAUUCCGACGUCUGCGCGCCAGGAGCUGAUGCUCGCCAUGACGGCGAGAGCUGAAAAGGAGUGA